GAACCCAGGACCCCAUCCCCGGCUCUGCCCGCUCUGGCAGCACGGAGCAGUGGGUACCACGCCGGUGCCUCCCGCUGCGCUCCGGGGCGCAUCCCUCCUGCAGCCGGAGUGUCCGGAGCCAACUUCCCGCAGCGCCGGCCAUUUUCCAGGCGGGAGCGGAUCUGCCGGGCGCUACCUUAAGAGCAGUCCCUGCGUGUCUAUAUUUAAGGAAGCGGAGGGGUGUGCGCUGGCCUCCGGCCCGGGGCUCCGCGCCAGCCCUUGGCCUCGACGCCGGUGCCGGCCGCGGACGCAGGUGUCUGCGCGCUUCUGCUCCACGCCAGCCAUCGCCUCGCUGCCGCCUGCAAAUGCUCAGCUUCUUCUGGCUGAGGUGUCUCUUAAAAAUGGUCAAGGAGAAUAUUGUAAUUCCUGAAGAGAUCUUGAGCUUCUGUUGCAAUGGCUUCCAGGGCUCCACCUCUCCGCCGUGUUCCCAGGAUCCAGGGGAGCGGGAGGAGGCAGCGGGGGCCAUGGCGAGCCCUUCACAUCCCCGCAACCCCACCGAGGUGCAGAUGAGCCAACUGGUGCUGCCGUGCCACACCAACCACCGUGGCGAGCUCAGCAUCGGCCAGCUGCUCAAGUGGAUCGACACAACCGCCUGCCUCUCCGCCGAGAGACACGCUGGCUGCCCGUGCGUCACAGCUUCCAUGGAUGACAUCUAUUUUGAGCAUACCAUUAGCGUUGGGCAAGUUGUCAACAUCAAAGCCAAAGUGAACCGAGCCUUUAACUCCAGCAUGGAGGUGGGCAUCCAGGUGAGCUACGAGGACCUGUGCAGUGGGAAGCACUACAGCAUCUGCAAGGCGUAUGCCACCUUCGUGGCACACAGCUCCUCCGGCAACAAGGUGACGCUGAAGCCGCUGAUCCCACAGACAGAGGAGGAGAAGAUAGAGCACAGCAUCGCUGCUGAGCGCCGCCGCAUGCGCCUGGUCCACAAGGACACCCUCAAGGACCUCCUCACCCGCAGCCGCCAGGAAACCGAGCUGGAGACACGGGAUGGCAGCGUGGCGGUGCCGGCGGAGAAGACACGGGUGGAGAGCGUGGAGCUGGUGCUGCCUCCACAUGCCAACCAUCAGGGCAACACCUUUGGAGGGCAGAUCAUGGCCUGGAUGGAGAACGUGGCCACCAUCGCAGCCAGCCGUCUGUGCCAUGCCCACCCCACGCUGCGGGCCAUCGAGAUGUUCCACUUUCGGGGACCAUCGCAAGUCGGGGACCGCCUGGUGCUCAAAGCCAUCGUCAACAACGCCUUCAAAAACAGCAUGGAGGUGGGGGUCUGCGCCGAGGCGUACGGCCAGGAGAUGUCCGUCAGCCGCAGGCACAUCAACAGCGCCUUCAUGACCUUCGUAGUGCUGGACCAGGAGGGGCGGCCCUGCACCCUGCCUAUGCUGGCACCCGAGCAGGGGGAUGGAGAGAGGAGGUACAGAGAAGCCAGUGCUAGGAAAAAGAUUCGGCUGGACCGAAAAUAUGUUGUCUCCUGCAAACAGACCGAAGUGCCACUAUCUGUGCCCUGGGACCAAAGCAACAAGGUUUAUCUGAGCUACAACAACGUCUCUGCACUGAAGAUGCUCGUAGCCAACGUGAACUGGGCACUGGCCAGAGAAAAGGAAAAGGUGCAGAUGUACACACUGGAGGAGGACAAGUUCCUCUCCUUCCGCAUCGAGAUGUCCGUCCGCAUCGCUGCUUCCCAAGCCUUCUCCCUGCUCUCCGACCUGCGGCGCCGGCACGAGUGGGACAGCCACUACCUGAGCGCCGAGCUGGUCCAGCAAGUAGACGACGACGACAUGAUCUACCAUGUGGUGAGCCAGACACUCAGCUCCGAGAACAAGCUGCAGGACUUUGUCAUCCUGGCAUCCCGACGGAAACCCUGCAGCAAGGGGGAUCCCUAUGUGGUGGCCUUUCGGUCGGUGACGCUGCCCACCCACCCUGCCACUGCCAGCUUCACGCGGGGGGAGACGAUCUGCUCGGGGUUCUGCAUAUGGCCGGAGUCAGAGGAGAUGAGCAAGGUGGCUUACUACAACCAAGCGACACCAGGGUACCUCAACUAUGUGACCACCAACAUAGCGGGGCUCUCCUCUGCCUUCUGUGCCACGUUUGAAGCCUGUGAGAAGUUCCUGCUGAAGAACAAGGAGGAUGACCUGAUCGUGCGGCUGCAGAGCCUCUAGAGCCAGGGCAUGGAUGGUGGAUGGAUGGAUGGAUGGGUGGAUGGAUGGACAGACAAGGGGGCACCUCUGUGGUGCAUGGAGAUGUGGGAUGGUGGUGCCGGGACCCUGCCCUCCCCAAGCGAGGUCCCAGGUUAUGGGGUGGAGGAGCAUCCCUGCACCGCCUGGUCCAUUGCACUGACAUGUCAUCUCUUUUUUCUCUCCUUCUUUUUUGUACGUAGAAGUUUUAUAAGCUGAUGUACAGGACUUGGUUUUCUAGUUCACUCAACGCUGCUUGAAUCUUUACAUGAUCCAAAGUCUUCCUAAAACAGGGGUUUUCUGACUAAUUCUUUAUGGGAGGAAACCAGUUCCCUUUGAAGUAGGAAAGGGAGAGGCAGCAGUGAUAUCCGUCCCUGGUGCAGGAGCAUCCCACUCCUCCCACACCGCCCGGUGCUGCUCCACAUCCCAGGCAGGACUGGGAGCCGCUGCUCCCACCGGGAUGAAAUCCUACCCUAGGAGGCUGUGGAAGGAGUGGCAAUGAAAGUGCAAUGAAAGGAAAAACCUCAGUGUAUGUGCUGUGGGUGAGUGCCUGCUCCAGGGGUUCACUCUGAGCAGGGAUGGGGGUCCUGCACCCACAGCGUGCCCAAGGGAGGUGUCAUCUCCCUGGGUGAGGAAGAGGAGGGGGCUGCCCAGGGUUGCCUGCCCCAGGAGCUGCUGCCCAGGACUCAGAGCACCAUUUGAAGUGGGAACAGGGGAUUCACCCAGUGCUCCAUGCAAAUGGAUUUUGGGGCUGCCCAGAGGCAUUGCAACCAUGGCAGGGGCAGCAGAGGCUGGUGCAGACCUUCGGGCUGCUCCUCAUCCUCAUCCCCAUCCACUGGUUGCAUCAGCACCUUGAGAUGCAAACCCCAAACUGCCGCAGGGGCACUGAGAAGGCAAAAGGAAGAGAAAACCAAGCCUGGUUUCCCUGGGGCUGAGCAAGGCUGCCGAGGACAUGAGGAACAAGUGCAGGUGGAUGCUGAAACCCAGAGCCUUUAAGGCUUCGACACCCAUCCCUAAUUGCCCCAAGCACCAAUGACCUGAGUGCUUUCAGGGGUGUUUCUUCCCCAGCUGCUUUGCUGGCAGCACUGAAGGCCACAGUGGUAGAGGAUGGGGUUGAGACCAUUGCAAGGAUCUGGCUGUCUGCCUGCUUCUCCUUGAGAUGCUCUGGGAAAGCAGCUGCAGUGCAGCAGGGGUGAUGGUGGGAGUGCUGCUCACCACACACAGCCCGGGUCAGGCUGCCCUCAGCUAUAGACUGCUGAGAGCCCCCUCCCAGGCUUCCCUGGCUCGCACAGACAGGGGGGUUCUGAUGGCACUGAGGAAUGCUGGGAGGGAGUGAGCCCUGGAAGCCCUUGGGCACACAGAGCAUUGGGCACAGCAGGUCUAGCGUGGCCCUGAGGCAGCAGCUCUUCUCUGUGCCCUCAUUUGGCCAAACUUAAACCUGGGUUAAUACUUAAUCAGGGGAGGCUUAGGCUGGAUACAAGGCAGAAGCUCUUCCCUGUGAGGGUGCUGAGGGGCUGGCACAGGGUGCCCAGAGAAGCUGUGGCUGCCCCAUCCCUGGCAGUGUUCAAGGCCAGGUUGGACACAGGGGCUUGGAGCAAGCUGCUCCAGUGGAAGGUGUCCCUGCCCAUGGCAGGGGUUGGAGCUGGAUGAGCUUUAAGGUCCCUUCCAACCCAAACCAGCCUGGGAUCCUGUGAUCUUUGCUAGCAGAGCCCUGUGUGCUGAGCCAGGGUUUUUUUUGCAGAGCUUAACCAUGAGCGAGUGAUGGUGAUGCCGUGCUUGGGCUAAGAUGAGGCCAUGGGGUACCAGAAAUGCGCACAAGGUCUUUCCCAGGUAACCUCCAGUUUUCUUUCCCUCUCUGCAACACCCAGUCCCUAGACAGGCGCUUUGCCACCCAAAUUCCCCACUGGGUUUAUAAGCAGAAGGAGCUUCCUGCCCCUCUCCACUGGCCAUAACUCCUCAUCUCUGCUGUACCUCCCAUCACAAACAUCUCAGUGCAAGGUCUGGUGUGGCACUGCCCUGAUUCCCCCCUAUGCUAUCACCACGAGAUAAAAGUUGUCUCAAGCUGAACAUGGUACAAAAUAUCCAAUUUUUAUAGAGCUCUCUUAUCUCCCGAACUCGGAGCAAUCCUGCCUUUUUAUCACCGGGAUGAGAGCCAUCCUUCCCGCUUAUCGUUAGGAAGGGCUGCUGCUUGAUUAAGUGGAGGGAAUGAUGUAUUCCCAUGACCAUUAAACUUUAACUGACCUCUCCUUAA